CAGAACUAAUGAUCGUCGCCAAUUUUGUGUUCAGUUUCACUGGUGUUUUUUUUUUUUAAAUAAAGCUAUUAUUACAGUACGUUGAUAGUCGCGAAUAGGUCAAAUGUGGGUCAUUUUAGGAGGUCGGCCAUAAACCUACGAAACGCUUCAGCGCAGGGUUGACGAUUUUUACGUACACCACAGCGCGAGCUCGUGCUGCCAUGACACCUGCUGAUGAAGCAGCGCCGAAGAAGAAACACGUUCGGUUUGCCAGGAUGGAAGAGGACAUUGACCACGACGAGCAGGAGGAGGACACGCUUUUCGACAAGCGUAAAGACAUUAAGAAGGGUCUGAGAAGUGCGCUGAAGGGGGGUAAAGGGGUCAUGAACCCGGACUCCGACCAGGUUGAUGUAAUUCGACCCGGACGAAGCCAGAGCAAUGCUGGGGCAUGCUGGCGAUGGCUGGUCAGCCUUUCGCUUUGCGCAUCGUUUCUCGGACUGGGAAUGGCCAUCGCUGUAUUGGGCCCUACCUUUGAAGACCUGGCUACCAAUGUCAAAAAGAACAUGAGUUCCUUAUCCUAUAUAUUUGUGAGUCGUGCAUCAGGAUACAUUGGAGGCUCCCUGAUAGGAGGGGUCCUUUUUGACUGUGUGAAUCCCUAUCUGCUUUCUGGCUUCUCAAUGUUAAUCACAGCGUUUGGGAUGUCUGGCACUCCCUUCUGUAAAAAGGAUUGGCUGCUCACUGUUUUUAUGUCCGGUGUGGGGGUUUCAAUGGGAAUUUUAGAUACAGGUGGUAAUGUUCUUAUACUGAACACAUGGGGAGAGCAGGCUGGGCCUCAUCUGCAGGCUUUGCACUUUUGCUUCGCUGCUGGAGCCUUUGCUUCCCCAAUCAUAGCCAAGCUGCUGUUUGGCCACCAUUCCCACAAUGACUCGAUUAACACUCCUCUGGUGUCUGGCCACGCAUCUAAGACCAUCGUGCAAUCCUCCCUGCCAAUCGGCAUUUCUUUACCAUCCAUGUGGGCCUACGUCGUGAUUGGUGCUUUCGUUUUACUUGUGUCACUCUUUUUUUUUAUCCUGUACUGCUGUUCCCCCAACUCAAAUAGGGCAAAGACACCCUCAGGGAAGCAGCUGUUCUCCAAACGUCACAACAUACUAAUAUUCCUGCUGUCCGUGUUCUUCUUUUUCUAUGUUGGAAGUGAGGUGGCGUACGGUUCCUUUAUAUUUACCUACAGCAAGGACUACGUUCAUUUGGAACCGGCUCAUGCAGCGGGACUGAACUCACUGUUCUGGGGAACGUUUGCAGUUGGUCGUGGUCUGGCCAUAUUCUUUGCAACUUGCCUGCGCCCAGUCACCCUGAUCCUGAUGAGUCUAGUGGGCACCACGGUUUCCUCACUCCUGCUGUGUCUUUUUAACAAAAAUGUCCCAAUGCUCUGGACCUGCACUGGCCUCUAUGGUAUCUCCAUGUCUACCACCUUUCCCAGCGGGAUCGCAUGGGUUGAGCAGUACACGACUGUGACGGGCCGCUCAGCUUCAGUGUUUGUGGUGGGCGCAGCUCUUGGAGAAAUGGUUUUGCCCGCUCUGUUGGGCUUUUUACUGGGGAAGGUGCAGAAUCAGCCAUUGCUGAUGUACCUGGCACUUUGCACAUCCACCUUCACUUCUAUCCUUUUCCCGGUCUUGUACAAACUAGCAUCCCCAGGAGGGGACACCACCUCACGGAAAACAUCAGGGAGACGUACCAAGGAUGCGGAUGACAGCGAGUACCGCCAAGCGCUGCUGGAAAACUUGGAGGAAGAGGAACAAGAAAAUGAAAGUGAAGCCGACCAGUGGAAUGAUGCAGACUUUGAGGUGAUAGAGAUGGACGACGCCAGCCUGUUGACCUCUCCUUCCAAAGCCUCGGUGCCACCUGAUGUUGCAGCCAGUGCACUUGCUGCCCACUCAGUGGCCACUCCAUUGUCAGCACCCUCAAAAGACACCACAACCCUGGCCCAACCUCUGACUAACAGUCCAUCUUUUUCCACAGACUCUCCCAGACGCAAACUCUUAUUGUCCCUCAACAGGGAGAAGAAAGACUGAUAUAUUGCACUGCGUCAAAGAAUUCGGAGAAGAUCCGAGAAGCUAAAUCCUGCUCUUCACAUCAACCUGAAGCAUUUUUUUCUUUGGUGAAAAGAUCACACUAGCCAGUUGAUUUGCACUUUCUAAAUGCCAGUUGCAUGUUUGACGUUCCUUAUGGCAACACCAAACCUUUUCCGACUCACCACUGUACAGGAUUAUCUGAUAUCUCAUUUUAGACAUUAACUGAGAAAUGUCCUGUCAAUGACGAUCAGCCUUGUUAUUGGACACUAAUGUAUGUUAAGAUUUUGGGACUUCUAUAUCUCUCCUCAUUUGUUGUUGAUUGAUUUACCUCGAAUUGAAGGUUUUGUAAAUUGUAACCAGCACAAUACACUGGUUUUAAGAAUUGUGAAAAGAUUAAGACUUGUUUUUGUAUUGUAUGGUUAGAUUGGAUGUAUAAAAAGUUUCAUUAAUAGUAAUAUUUUGAUGCUGAAGUCUUUCUUGAGCAUCCUCCUUUUUAUGUUAACAAAUAAUUUCUAUUCAGUCAAAUGGAUUGCUUGGGAACUACUAAAUAUUAGCACAUUAUGGCUUAAA